UGAGUUUGAAUUUUCAGUUUACUCCGUGCGCUCGUGCGGAUAACAUGUGAACGUAGCAUUCGUUGCACGUCAUGUAUUAUCCAUUAAAUUGUCAUUGCACGAAUCGUACGUACUUUAUUUUCUUUAAAUAACUAUUUAAUAUAUUCUUAUGUAUGUUAUUCGUGUUUUAAAAAAAUAUUAAGAUUUAAAUACGACUUAUAUUAUUUAUUUAUUUUAUUUUUUUUCUUUAUUAUUCCAAAUGUACUUGAAUGUCGUGCGAAUAAUGUAUACGCGUUUAAUUUAAACUUUAGUGUGUGAGAGAGUUACAUUGAAGCAAUAGCUAUGUUUUAACAGUGGAUAAAUUUACAUUGUCAAUGUACUGGACAAUUGACACGAACAAUGGAUUCAGCUGAAAAUUUAAACACUGGAACUGACUCCGAUGGAUCUGUUUCAUGGGAAGACUUUUUUGGAGCAUCAACGGAUUUGGUACCGCAGUUACUUGGUAUGUUUGAUGAGUUGGCACGUAAGACAGAUUGUAACAACCUCUACCAUAAUCACAAGCAUCACCACGGGGAGCACAUACCAGCAGCGAUUCAAAAACGUUUAAGUCUGGUAGCGCAUUCUCAACGUAACUCCAUAUUCGGUCACAUCUGUGCUAACUCACAGCAGCAACAACAACAACAGCAGUCUCAGUCCCAGCAUCUUAAACAAGUUGAGCCAAUGCAGGAACAACGGGUUGAGUACAGAGACAACAAGAGUAGAGUUGGUUCAGCAGGAGCUAGCCAAGUUGAAAUAACUGUUAGCAAUCAUGUUUGUACUGAUGAUGUUGCGGUUAUUGAUAAUCAGAACGAGAGCAAUAAUCCUAAAGGAGCAUUGAAUGCUAAUGAUGAUGACAAACAAUUGUUUAGGCGUGAAAUUGCUGAUGGUAGUGGUGGAGGUCGAGGUGGAUUAAUGCCAGAGUAUGGAAGUAGAAGACGUAAACACCUCGGCCGUCCACUAUCAGGCAGUUCAAUUGCCUCAAGCACGUCCUCGAGUGGAUGCAGUAAUCAAGGAAACGCUUGUUCCGCUAAUCCGUAUUUGGCUUCAGUCGAGUCACUGGCCGAUACCUGUGCCAGCUCUCAAGGUUCCGCCGACAGUGGAGUUGUGACAACCUCUGAAGUUAAUUGCCUCGAAGUUAUGAGUGUUAAUAACAAUAAUAAUACGAGUACGAACAAUAAUAAUAACAACAAUAAUAAUAGUAAUAAUAACAGUAGAAGAAUAAGCCGUAGUAUUGAAGAUUCGCCACUUUUGUAUCACCGCGCACGUUAUUGUGAUCCAAAACGUAACCCAGUAGAACGCGUACUAUUGGAAAUAGUUGACACCGAAGCAAUUUAUGUUGAACAUUUGCGACAAGUAAUACAGGGAUAUUUAAUUUUUUGGCGCGAUGAUCCGGCUUCUCUAUUGCAACAUCUCGAAUUAAAUCAUUUAUUCAGUAAUAUUGAGGAUAUAUUUAGUUUCAACAGUGAAUUUUUAAAAGAAAUAGAAGCCUGUGGUUUAGAUCCUGUUGGCGUUGCUAAUACAUUUACAAAACAUAACUCUGGAUUCAAGGUUUACACGGAAUACUGUACAAAUUAUCCACGUACGGUCUCUGUACUUACGGAUCUUAUGAGUCGUGAUGAUACGGCCAAGGCAUUUCGUGAGAGACAAGCGGCACUGGGUCAUGCAUUACCGCUUGGAUCAUUUUUAUUAAAACCCGUACAGAGAAUAUUGAAGUAUCAUUUAUUGUUGGAAAAUUUGUCGAAAGAAUAUGAGGCUGAUGAGAAGAGAAAAAGCAAAGAUUUGCUUACUAAGGACAAUCGUAAUAUCAUUGAAGAGGCGUUGGCUACUAUGACCGGCAUUGCUAAACAUAUUAAUGCUAUGAAACGCCGACAUGAACAUGCUGUGAGAGUACAAGAGAUUCAAUCGUUACUUUACGGAUGGCCUGGUCCCGAUCUUACGACCAGUGGGGAGCUCAUUGCCGAGGGUAGAUUUAGAAUGAGGGGCGCCAAAGCACCACGGCAUGCGUUUCUUUUUGAACGUAUGUUGCUGUUGACGAAAAAAAAAGAAGACGGACUACUCGUGUACAAAGCUCAUAUUAUGUGCUCAAAUUUAAUGCUGAUUGAAAGUAUACCCGGCGAGCCGUGUAGUUUUCAUGUUAUUCCAUUUGAUAAUCCACGUCUGCAGUAUACAUUGCAGGCGCGGAAUUUAGAACAGAAACGUGAGUGGACACUGCAAAUAAAAAGGGUCAUGCUGGAAAAUUACAACGCCGUUAUUCCGAUUCACGCAAGACAACUAGUCCUACAAUUGGGACAAUCACAGCAAGAUGACGAGAACAAUAGCGUAAGUGAUCGUGGGUCGGCGAAAAAAUUAUAUUCAGCGCCACCAGAAUAUUUAGAACGUCGUAAAUUAGAAAAAGAACGUCGUCGAUCAGAAGCAGGCAUUCGUCAAAAAAUAAAAAAAACUAUAACCAACAACAAAACAUUGGAUUUAUCAACUCCCGACUCACCAGCGCCGUCGCGUAAAUUAAAUGAUGAUCAAAAUAUAAAUAAUCGUGACCGGAGUUUGAACCGUUCACUAGACGGACGCGCGUCAAAAGUAAAAGAUCGUUUUACAAACUGGCGACGUAAAUCAGAGCCAGGUUUUCAGUCUUACAUCUCACUCAAUCAGUCUGAUGAGGAAAAAAACGAGGAUAGAAUUACACAGAAUAAUGAUUCGACUGCACAAACUGAGCCAGCAUUAUCACCAGCUGAAAUUACAAACUCAGCAAAUAUUAUUUACGAAAACACGCACAAUUUAUCGGGUAAAAAUUCACCCACUGCAAAUACCAAAGAAAAAGACAUUAAUGAACAACAGCAGCAACAACCACAAGAACAAGAACAGGAGCAAGAAACUAAAGUGCGCACUGUCGAGGAAAUAGUCGGUCAUAUUUUGAUGCAAAAUCAAGAGUUUCAACGCUUAUUGGAAAAGCAACGCAACAAUAGUCUUGCUAACGUAAGACACCAGCGUUUCAAAAAAAAUCAGAGGUCUGUUGAUACCUCGGAUGAUAGUGACAAUGGUGAGCUUAAUUAUUCAUCAGAUUUUAAUAACAUUAAUAGUAGUAAUAACAGCAGAGUAAGACCGACUCGUAUAAUCAGACGGGAGCAUCGACUAGUGCGAUCUAAUAAUGCAUGGAAUAGUUUGUCAUCCCAGGGAGUGCGCGACAAUCAGCCGAGCUUGCAAUUGCAGUACAAUAAUUUGCAUAUCGAUGACAAUAAAAAUCAAUCGAAGAUGAAUCGAGUCCAGGAAAAACGGGCCGUUUUUGAAGCAUUCAAAAGACAGAGUAUCGUCACUGAAAGUAAAAUAAUAAAAACGGCAUUACGCAUGCGUGAAAAUAGUCCUGAUAAAGACAAUAAAAUUCAGGAUAAAAAUAUAAUAAAUGGCAGUACAGAUACCGUAAGUCCGACGAAAGAUAUCGAUGAUUGCAAUUAUGCGUGGGAUGAAUUUAAAAAUGAAAGAUGUUCGAAAACAAGCGCGGACAGCCCGACGAGACCCGCUGUUUGGUUGACGAAAUUAUGCCAGGAUUUGCCGACGUCACCGCAAAAAAGCGGCUCGCUACCGCGAAGUUUCCAGAUAAAUCAAACGGAUCCGUCAAAAGCGACGGCUGAUAUUAAACAGAUCAGCAAAGCUAGAUUUUUGCAACGAGAUGGUAAACCAAUGAGCGAACGUCCAUUUACAAUAGCGUCUGAUAAACCUGGAGAAAUAAAUCUUGAUGAUAUGGAGCAGCGUUACACCACAGCUUCUUACGAAACAGACAAUAAAAUAAAUAACAAAUUUAAAAAUUCAAUUUCCGCAUGCUCGGCAUCGACAUCAGCAUCAUCAUCGACAUUUUUUUAUUCCGUAGAUGAUAAUUUAACUGACGGAGACUCGGAUAUUCACACAAUUGCUACCAGUACCAGUACUAAUAUUCAUCCAGAUCAUAAAAUUUACCGCGCUAAUAAUAUUAGCGGCAGUACGAUGCUAAAAAAUGUACUGUCCAAAGCCGGAAGUAGACUGCAAGGUCUAAGAUCAACAGUCAGCGCUGAGACACUUGAGUGCACUGAUGAUUUUGAUAAAUCAAAACGUUUUCCAAGUUGCAAAAUAAAAAAGAAAAAGAAAUUCAAUAAUAAAUUGCGGCUGUCACGUGAAUCUUCGACGGACGUUGAUGAGCCUGUGAUUGGUUGCGUACCUGGUGGUAAUUCGUCACUCGAUUUAACGCACUUGUAUUACAAACAAGGAAGUUCCGGGCUAGGAGCACGUAUUGCUCAAGCCGACUAUGCCGAUCCAUCGGUACUAUUUUUUGAUAUCAAACGAGGGGAGUCAAAUAUUAGUGAUAAUAUUUCCGUUGAUAAUUCAAAUGUUAAUUUGAUUGGAAAAAUUGAUGGUGUGAAUAAUGAUGAGGAUGAGGAUGAUAAUGAUAAUGAUAAUGAUGAUGAUUAUUAUGAGGAUGAUGACGAUGGUGAUGAUGAUGACAGAAGACAAAGACUAGCAAGUGAUGGAGACAAUUAUUAUGAAAAAUGUUUUGAAUCAAUUGAAAAUUACAUUGAUGAGACUGAUGAUGCGUUUAGGGACAGUGCAAUAUUUAGUGACGGUGAUGAAGUUGUGUCACCUUUAAUUAAAAAUAAAUUAGUAACAAGGACUACGCCAACUACGUCAUCAGUAGUUACGUCUGAUGAUAAAAACAUAAAUGAUAAUAAUAAUAAGUCAAGUGAUAAUAAUUUUUUAAAAAAACCAAAAAUAGCACCACCAGUACCCGUAAAACGUAAAAUAAAUUUAAAUGAUAAAAAAUUAAUUUGUGAAAAUGAUAAUUUAAAACCUAAUGUUGCACUAAAACCGGAUAAUUUAAAAUUGCGUACGAGAUUAAUUGUUGGUAGUAAUAGUAGUAGUAGUAAUAGUACUGAGUGUGUAAAAAUAACGGUAACUAAGGAAACGAUUCCUAUUCCUAUUUCGUUACCGAGUUACUUAACAAGUAAAAGUGAAUUUAAUUGUACGAAUAAUGCUAGUGGUGAUGACGGUAAUAAAAAUAAUGAUGUAUCAGCAGGGCAAAGUCAAGCUGGGUGGGUUAAAAAAAUGGUAGGACAAUUGCAGGCACAAAUAGAAACGUUGUAAUCAUAUGUUUAUAAUGUUAUUGUUAAAUUGAACAUAUCAAUAUUUUAUAAUAUGCAUUAUCGAUUAUCAGUUAUGUAGUUUAUUAAUGACUAGAUGAUUUAUGCAAUAGUAGUGGAAAUUAUUAGAAAAAACUAGAUAAAAAUUGCGGCGGAAAAAAUUUAUUGAGUAGAAAUAUUUUUGUUGAAAAAACUUUUUAAAAGUCAAGUAAAUUUUAUACAUCGGGUUCAGUUAUUUUGUAGGAUAAACAUUUUUUUUUUUAAUUGUUCUUGGCAGUGGAUUUAUUGAAAGAAAAUUUUUAUGUGCGACUAAUCUGGACAGAAUAUCGGAAACCAAAAUAAUCGUUAAUAUAAAUAAGACACCAGUGAUACUAUUUAUUGUAAUUUAAAAAAUUUUUGUAGUUUUAUAAAUAUCUUAUUUGAAAAAUUAAAAAAAAAUAUGAUGACUGCAAAAGUGAAAUAAGAAACGCUGUUUUUUUUUCUUUAUUCUUAUUCUAGUUGUGAAAUUUAAUUAAUUUAUUUUGUAAAGUAAAUUAAUUUUGGGUAUUUGUUAAAUAUAUAUAUGUGAUAAUUUUCUCACUGUUAUUGUCCUGCGGUUAUUUUUGUCCUGCUUCAUACUUCAAUUUGUUAAAAUGUCAAUCAAAUUGAUAAACAUUUAUUUUUUAUUUGAAAGAAACUGAUUUAAAAAAAAUAGUUUUUAACAAAUUAUUUUAAUGCCCUUUUCAUUUUUCUAAUUAAAAAUUUAAUUACAGUUACAUAUUUAUUUCACAUAAAAUUGUGACGUCUAUGGAUUUUUUUUUAAUAAAUCCACAAUAAAAAUUUAAAAAAAAUGUAAAAUAAUAUGAAGGUGAU